GAUUCAUUAGGGUUUGUAAUCCUUAACAACAUAUCAUCCUGCAUUAUCUAGAGGGCAACAGACCAAGAUUUAAAACCUUUUAAUUUAUAUCUAUGACAAUUAAUUUUAAUUCUUCAACUGGAUGUGACGUUAUGUUAUUUUAAUACGACUGGUAUUCCUUAAUUUAUCCAGUCAAGAUAAUUUUAUUUUUCACUUUAAAGGUAUUGUUAUUAUACAAUACCAGAAAUAGAUGUGCCAACAUAUGUCCUUUUUAUUAAAUGGUUACAGAAUAUGUGCUGGUAAUAUAAACGUACUUAUAUUUUAAUAUCGUUAAGUUAUCACGACCAUCAAAUAAAUCGCUAUAUCUUAGACAAAGUCAAUGUGUAUUUAUUGAAUAACUAAAUAUUUUGAAGUUAUUAUGCAAUUUUUUUUACUCUGUGAUAAGGUAAAAAUUACCUGAUCAGUACGAAAACGGGAGAACGUUUCGGUGCCGGUACAAAUGCCAAUGUUUACAUUACUCUGUUUGGCUCAAGAGGAAGUACAAGAAGAAUAAAAUUGAUGGGGAAUUUUGAAUCUGGUGAUGUCGACGAGAUCAGAACAUUUGCCAGAGAUGUAAGACCAAUACAAAGUGUACAGAUCGGACAUGAUGGUGGAAGCUGGCAUGAUAUCUCAACUGAUUGGAACCUGGAAUAUGUAUCAAUAUAUGUUGAAGAUAUGGAGGAAUUUUAUGUUUUUAGAAAUAUUAAACAGCAAUGGGUGAUGGAAGGAAAUGAUCUGACCCUGGGGAGGGAAGGGAAGCAAUCAUGCAUCAACACAUUCGGCGAGAAAUAUAUGUGGUAUCCUAAAUGGGAGAAAAUAAGCUCUUUUCGCCUUGGCGGAGGGCUAGGGAUGACUCGUAGAUUGUGUAAACAAGCUUGCAUAAACUGGAGUAAGAACGUGUGUAACGGAGUCUAUCGUGAUACAAAGCAUCAUGGUUGCUACGGUUUCUCUGAAACGCGUGAUGAAUACUUUACCGUGAAAAAAGAACCUUGGCAUGGAGAACUGUUUUUCAGAACAUGUAAUUAGUUCUAUUGAAGGAAUUUUACUAUACAAUUGUCGACAUGUCUUAUUUUUGAUAGGUCAUGUUUCAAAUUAUUGUUUCUAUGUCUUAUAUUUCAGAGGAAUGGAAUUAUCAAAAAAAGAAAAAUAUUGUUUAUAUUGUAUUUACUUAUUAGUUUUAAAGCAGCACGCCUCCAAAUUCAUACUAAUUUUCAUAAAAAUUGUGAAAAUGUAUUUGAAUGUGUAAUAUUGUGAAGAAACCAAAAGGAAGCAAUUCACACAUUAUCAAUGGCACUUACAAACCAUGUUAAUUACCAAAA